AUGACAGACACCGUUGAACUAUGGGAUGCGAAGUCAUCUCAAAAGAAAUCAUUCAACAAGGAUAAAUUAAUUGAAUUUUUAGGGUCUCUUACAUUCGGAUUAAACAAGGACUAUUUAGAUAUAACCUUGGUUGUGGAUAAGAUUUUAUUAGGUGCCCCAAAUGAACUUACCGAUAAGGCAAAAUUUGUGUCAUAUGUGGCCGAAACAGUUGCGGCAAUGUCUAGUACCCAUCCUGAUUAUUCUACACUAGCAGCAAGAGUAGAGAUUAGAGAGUUGCAUGAACUCAUCGGUAAAUCGACGUUUACAGAGAAUCUAGCUAAACUACGAAAGAUUGUGGAUGCGCCAGAAGAUCAAUCAAAGAGACGCAAACUGUCUAGUAGAAGCUUAUCUAAAAAUCUCAUAUCAGAGGAGUUUUAUCAAUAUGCUUUAAAGCACCGCGACCAAAUCGACAAGGCCAUAGAUAUGUCAAGAGAUUAUUAUUUUACAUAUUUUGGUUGGAAGACACUUUGUAAGUCAUAUUUGAUGAAGAGAAACAAUGAGGAAACUUAUGAAACUCCGCAGUUUAUGUUCAUGAGAGUUGCUCUUGCUAUUCACGGACCAUUUAAUGAUAUAGAUGCAGUACUUGAGACUUACCAAUUAAUGUCACAAAAGUAUUUUAUUCACGCUUCACCUACUUUGUUCAAUAGCGGUACAGUAAAUCAAUAUUUGUCAUCAUGCUUUCUUGUGGCUAUGGAAGAAGACUCUAUUGAUGGUAUUUAUAAGACUUUACACAAGACUGCUUUGAUAUCAAAGGCAUCUGGUGGUAUUGGAAUACAUGUGUCAAAUAUAAGGGCAAAUGGUGCUUAUAUCUCAGGGUCGAAUGGUACUUCAAAUGGUUUAGUUCCUAUGCUGCGGGUUUUUAACAACACAGCAAGAUAUGUCGAUCAAGGUGGGAACAAACGCCCUGGUGCCUUUUGUAUAUACUUGGAACCAUGGCAUGGGGAUAUUAUUGACUUCUUACAACUAAGAAAGAAUCACGGAAAAGAAGAAAUGAGGGCCCGAGACUUAUUUUAUGCUCUAUGGAUUCCGGAUCUUUUUAUGCAACGUGUUGAAAAUAAUGAAGAUUGGUCCAUUUUUAGUCCAGAUGAAGCAACAGGUUUAUCUGACUGCUAUGGUACAGAGUUCAAAACCCUAUAUGAAAAGUAUGAGCGAGAAUUGAUUCCAAUGAAAAAAAUGAAAGCGCAACAAAUUUGGUCGGAAAUUCUACAAAGUCAAACGGAGACAGGAGUUCCUUUCAUGCUUUAUAAGGAUUCAUGCAAUGAGAAGUCCAACCAGAAAAACUUAGGUGUCAUUAAGUCGUCUAAUCUUUGUUGUGAAAUCGUGGAGUAUAGUUCACCAGAGGAAGUAGCAGUCUGCAAUCUUGCAUCAGUCGCACUACCUACGUACGUCAAAAUAACUUCUGAUGAUUCUCCUGUAUUUGACUUUGUAACUCUUCAUCGUGUUGUUAAAGUGUUGGUUAGGAAUCUAGAUAGAACUAUAGAUGUUGGAGCUUACCCUAUCCCAGAGGCAAAAAGAGGCAACUUAAGACACCGACCAUUAGCUAUUGGUGUUCAAGGACUUGCAGAUGCUUUUAUGCUCUGUAGAACACCCUUUGAAUCAGAAGAUGCUGCCACAUUGAAUAAACAGAUAUUUGAAACUAUUUACCAUGCCGCAAUUGAGGCAUCUAUUGAACUCGCUGAGAAAUAUGGCCACUACGAAAGUUUCCCAGGAUCACCAGCUCAAAAGGGUGAACUUCAAUUUGAUAUGUGGGGCUUGAAUAAGGAAAACUAUCAUUUUUUAUUCGAUGAUUGGGAUACCUUAAAGCAACAAAUUACUAAUGGGCCUGGUUUGAGGAAUUCACUUUUAGUUGGUCCAAUGCCAACUGCCUCAACUUCUCAAAUAUUGGGUUUCACAGAAUCGUUCGAACCUAUGACCUCUAAUAUCUAUUCCAGGAGGGUGCUAUCUGGAGAAUUUACAAUCGUUAAUCAAUAUAUGGUGGAUGAUUUUUGUAAAAUGAAAGUAUGGAACGAAAAGCUAAAAAAUAGAAUUCUAAAAGAUAAUGGUUCCAUUCAAACCAUUGAUGGUGUGCCGGAGGAGAUGAAGAGUUUAUACAAAACUGUUUGGGAAAUUUCUCAAAAAAAAUUGAUCGAUCUUUCCAGAGAUAGAGCUCCAUUCAUUGAUCAGUCUCAGUCUCUAAACUUGUAUUUGCGUGAACCAACUAUGGGAAAAUUAACAUCAAUGCACUUUUAUGCAUGGAAGAAGGGAUUGAAGACAGGGAUGUAUUAUCUUAGAACUCAGGCAGCUUCUCGUGCUAUACAAUUUACUUUGAAUGAUGAAAAUACCUUAUUAGACAAAUUAUCUACACACGCAUCCGACACUACCAAAGUACUCCCCAAGAAAUUUUUAGGCCAGUAUCCAGAUCAUGCUAAUGAUGAGAACCAUAAAAGUGAUAAUUCUUCCCAGGGUGAUAUAUACGGAAUCCAUGAUACAACUCCGUUGAUUUGUAAUAUUAUAGAAGGUGCGACUUGUGAAAGUUGCUCUGGGUGA